AUGCCAAAUACAUUGGAUAAAACGUCACAGUAUGACUCUGUCCCAAAUAUUCAUGAACAAUGGGUCAGUGCACGACAAAAAAAGAAGCGAAGUUCGUCCGACUCCGAUAGUGACAACUCGUCUUUGCACUCCAAUCGAAGAUAUAAAGGCGCAUGCUGUCCCUUAUCAAGCGCGUUAAAUGAUACAAUAAAUGCCUUCCGUGAGGAGAUAAAAUCGAUGCAUAGCCUUUUGAAUGAGAUGAAGGAGGAGCAGGAAGUGAACUAUGUCCGAAUAAAAGCAGACGUCAGUGAAAUCAAAAGUGAAAUAUUGGAAAUAAAAAAAAAUAUAGAGACUGAAAAAGCUAUGGAAGAUAUAGAAAAUAAAUGUAUGAAAAUAGGUCAAAAUCAACAAGAAUAUUUGGAUUGUUCAAAAAAAAUGUGCUAA